GCCUCAGUCACUCACUCGCGAGAGGAGACGCGAGACGCACUCGCAAGGAGUGACUCGCCCACGCUCACAGGUCAAGAUCGACGCGACUCGCAUUCACACGGCGCGGCUCACUCUCGCAAGCUUCGGCUUGCUCACAUUAUAAAUCUCACAAGACGCGGCCCACGCUCAUAAGAUCAAGACCUGACUUAUACUCACGCGACGACGUGGCCCACAUUCGAGAGAGUGCGGCUCACACUCCUUCGCUGGGGCGGCCCCGCUGCCAGUUCCUACGAGUGUUGGGCGUGAGAGUGGCGUCUGUGAUUCUGUCCUUCGUUCUGCACAACUUUCCCCUCAAGGUCAAAGAUCAUACUAUCAGGGACUAUCUUGGAGCACUUCCUUACGUACAUUUUUGUAUGCCUCCUCUCCGAUGAUCCGAAAUUAAAAAUGCCAGGAAUUUAGUUCACGAAAAUUUUUUAGCCUACACGUACGAGCGACGGCGGUUGCGAUGAUAGAUAAUCGAAACCCGUGAUCCCAUUCAGCAUAUGCGCGCGCGUUCAUGUGCGUGCCUACACACUAUCACGAAGAAACGAUGUCAUUCAUGGUCAGGGCUCCCGGCAACAUCAUCCUACUGAAUCUGAAUUUUCUUGUCUCAAUCAAUGUGCUGCAUUCAUCAGAAAAAGAAUCUCGUAAAGAAUCACAAUCAAUCAUUUUGAAAAGGCACGCCAUGUCGAGGGCGUGCGCGAGAAUAGUUUGA